AUGAUGCUCUACAAAAUCCACUCCCAUGCCCAAAUCCAAGACCUGCAGGCCCGCUCCGAUGAGCUGGGCCACUCCAAUAAGUCCAUGCUUGUGAGUCUUGUCUCUCUGGAGUCGGUGCGCAUAGCGUGGGAGUCGUAUGCGCUCCUCCGCCCGCUGAUCAUGGAGUCGAGGUCCUGGGAAUGCCCGCAGCUGGAUUCCCUCUCGGACGUGGCAGGCUUGUCGCUGGAAAUCCAAAAGCUUGAGCAUGAUGUGUUACCCCAGCUCAAGCUUCAGGAGGGUAAGCUGGAACGGGGUGCCCUGGAAGCCCUCCUACUCAUUAAGAACUCAGCAAGUAAGCUCUUACAUUUGAGGAAGUGCUUUGAGGAAGCCUUGGGCGUAUUGCUUGCCAAGGAGGAUCUGGUCUCAGCCAAAGUCAAAAGGCUGAGCAUGAUGCUAAACGAUACUGCUGUUCAUGUACUCAAAGCUAACAACACUCGCUUGUUUAAGGAGUGUGUCCUGUUUCUGGUCCAGCUGGUCACCGAUGUGUUGGAGACCCCGGUUCGUUUCUGUGAUACUCGUAAGUGUAAGCAUUCUGAUGAGUAG